AUGAAUUCCACGGAAAUAUACUAGAAGUGUAAGAUAAACGGACUUUGGGUUAACUUACUGAGUAGAAAGAUGGCCACUGCAAGGAGUGCAGUCCCUGAGCUAAGAGUGGAGAGGGAGAGGAGUAGACUGGACUUGGAGCAACUCACAAACUUCCUAGAUGGAGGAGAGAUGUUUACUGAGCGUAGAAGGGAGCUGGUUAAGCUGGUAGUGGAGGACCCAGUGUAUAAAAGAGACGACAAGUACUUUUUGUCUCGCGAGGAGGCCUUUGAGUCUUCAAUGAGAAAGAGCAUUCAUUAUAUCGAGGCUCUUAAAUCAGGAAAAAUCAAGGGAAGACCUGAUGCUUACUUUUAUAGAACAGCUAUAAAUGAUGAUCUUCCAACAGUCCUGCAUGACUCCAUGUUCCUGCCUACAAUAGAAGGUCAAUGCACUGAAGAACAGAAAGAGAAAUGGUUAAAAUUAGCUUCUAAUUACAGCAUUAUCGGAGCCUAUGCACAAACUGAGCUAGGACAUGGAACCUUUAUAAGGGGUCUUGAAACUACAGCAACUUAUGACCCCUUGACUGAGGAAUUUGUCCUCAAUUCUCCAACACUUACUUCAAUGAAAUGGUGGCCUGGAACACUUGGUCAUACUGCCACACAUGCUGUGGUUGUUGCAAGACUAAUAACCAAAGGAAAAGAUGAAGGAAUUCAUUUGUUCAUUGUGCAGCUACGUAGCCUUGAGGACCAUAGACCACUACCAGGAAUAAAGAUCGGAGACAUUGGACCAAAGUUUGGGUACUUUGGUAUGGAUAACGGUUUUCUCCACAUGACAAAUGUGAGGAUACCAAGAGAUCAGAUGCUAAUGAAAUAUGCUCAGGUAUCACGAGAUGGUACUUACUCAAAGCCUCCAACUGAUAAGAUCACGUAUGGUACUAUGGUUUUUGUAAGAGCAGGUAUUGUCGUCCAGUCGGCUAGCAUCCUGGCCAGGGCUGUUACUAUAGCAAUCAGAUACAGUGUAGUCAGAAGACAGACACAGAACAGACCUGGUGAGCCAGAGACACAAGUACUGGAUUAUCAAACUCAGCAGUUCAAGCUCUUCCCUCUAUUGGCCUCUGCUUAUGCUAUGAAAUUUGCUAGUCAGUACAUGCUCAAACUUUAUGUUGGAAUCACCGGAGAAAUUGCCGAAGGGAAUCUUGAAUCUCUACCAGAACUUCAUGCUACCAGUGCUGGUUUAAAAGCUCUUUGUUCUGAAAUAUCUUCUAAUGGUGUUGAGCUCUGUAGGCUGUGUUGUGGUGGUCAUGGAUAUUCAGCCGCUAGUGGUCUACCUCAGCUUUAUGUUGAUUAUUCUCCAGCACAGACAUAUGAAGGAGAGAACACAGUCAUGUUACUCCAAACAGCAAGGUAUCUUUUGAAAAUAUCCAGACAGAAAGUUCCUCAGGCUCAGUUGCCAAACAAUGUGGCAUAUCUUGGAGUCGAUUAUCCAAAGUAUAAGGAGAGCCCAGUUUUGACUCCAAAACAAUUUAAUGAUCCACACAUUUUACUGGAAGCAUAUCGCCAGAGAGUGAUUAGGUUAGUUGCUGUAGCAUUAAGGAGGUACAUGAAUGGCAUUGACUCUGGAUUGGAUGCUGUUGCUGCCUGGAAUAACUCUUCAGUGGAUUGGACAGUAGCAGCAAGAGCUCACUGUCAUUAUCUUGUUUUGAAAGCAUUCCAGUCCAGCAUAGAUACAGCUGAAAUGUGUGAAGCUAAUUUAAGUAUAAUGAGAGUUUUGUGCUGCUUGUUUGGACUGUUUGGUAUAAUGCAGUACAGUGGAGAAUUCUGCCUGGAUGGGUAUAUGAAUAGUGAUCAGAUUGAAAUGGCCAAGAACCAGCUUUAUUCCCUGCUAAAGGAAGUGAGAUAUGAAGCAGUUCCAUUGGUUGAUGCAUUUGAUAUUCAUGAUGACAUAUUAAACUCGUGUCUUGGUCGUUAUGAUGGUGAUGUGUACAGACACUUGUAUCAGUGGGCACUAAGAGCCCCUAGGAACAAGAAAGAGGUUCAUGAUACUUAUGAGAAAUAUUUGAGGCCACUUUUAAAGAAAACCAAGUCCAAGCUAUGAUAGUAUUAACUUUGAUAAUAAUGACACUACUCUUGCUAAUAUUUAAUAGAUAUUAAUAAUGAUGAUAAUGUUAAUCAUUUUUAUACAAUUUUAAUUUUAGGUAUAACAAUUUUGUUUUUUUUU